AUGAAGACAGGAAUUCUCGAAGUACUUAUUGUUAAUGCUAAAGGCAUUAGACACACAAACCUUGUUGGAACACCUUCCUAUUAUGUGGUUAUUGAGUGUGGCACUCAGACUCAGAGAAGCAAAGUUUCAUCAGGGAAACAUGAGAAACCUUGUUGGAAUGAGAAAUUCAUAUUUGAAUUAUCACUGUUUGAUUGCAAGAAUUUAGCCCAUGUUAAUUGUAGAAUCAUGGACAGAGAACUCUUCACAAAUGGUGGAUUUGUUGGUGAAGCCAAGAUUUACAUAAGUGGAAUAAUCUCCGAAGGAAAUGAGCAGGGAUAUAUAGAAAUAAAGCCAUCUGCAUAUAAUGUGGUGCUUGAAGAUGGCACUUACAAAGGACAAAUAAAAAUUGGAUUUAAAUUCAUUGCAAAUAAAGAAAAGUACGUGAUGGAAAUACGAGAUCAAUUCAUCACUGAGAAGAAAGAACCAUGCCAUUCAAUUUAUGAAUGCAUUUGGAGAAUAUCAUGGUCGAAAAUAAUAUUGUUUUUCUGUCCUAAGAAGUGUUCCAAAGACAAAAAUAAGAGGAGUUAA